GUCAUGUGACAGCCUGACCUCCUGUCAGCUGUCACGUGACGGGCAGUAUGGCUUCCCCGUGUGUCAGGUAGACCGGCCGCCGAUGUUGGUGACCGGGAAGUCGGGCCUGUGAGACCGGGGAGAGGGAAGCAGCGGCUUGGACAUGCAGAAGAUCAAGUCUCUGAUGACCCGCCAGGGUCUGAAAAGUCCACAAGACAGCGUCCAUGAUCUCAGUCCGGUUGAAAACUUUAGAAUUCCGUCCAAGGAGGAGCAGCGGGAAUUUCGUGAAAAGGCCAUUGAUCCUGAAGCUGAACAGGAGAUCAUCAACAGCAUCGAAGAAGUCUACUUCUCCAAUGACUCGCUGGAUAUAGUCCAAUAUGAGCUUGAGAAGCUUCCACCAGUCUUCAGUCUGCAGGAGAUUGAAGAGUACAGAGAUAAGUUGAAGAGACAGCAGGCAGCGGUGUCAAAGAAAGUCGCUGAUCUGAUUCUAGAGAAACAGCCGUCGUAUGUGAAGGAGCUGGAGCGAGUCACAUCUCUGCAGACGAGUCUUCAGCUUGCUGCUGUCAUAUGUUCUAAUGGAAGGAGACAUUUAAAUACAGCGAAGGAAGGAUUUACACAAGCCAGUCUGGGCCUUCUGGCAAACCAGAGGAAACGUCAGCUAUUGAUUGACCUGCUGAAGUCCCUGAGAACAAUUAAAACCCUGCAAAGAACUGAUGUACGCCUCAGUGAGAUGCUGGAGGAGGAAGAUUACCCCGGAGCCAUUCAGCUGUGUCUGGAGUGUCAGAAAGCGGCGAGUACAUUUAAACACUACAGCUGUAUAAGUGAUCUGAACUCAAAACUGCAAGACACUUUGGAACAAAUUGAGGAACAAUUGGAUGUCGCACUGGCUAAGAUCUGCAAGAACUUUGAUGUUGCUCAUUACACGAAGGUGCAGCAGGCGUACAGACUACUGGGGAAGACACAGACUGCAAUGGACCAGCUGCACAUGCACUUCACUCAAGCCAUCCACAACACCGUGUUUCAGGUGGUUCUGGGUUACGUGGAGCUGUGUGCCGGAAAUACGGAUACCAAGUUUCAGAAACUGCCCUACAAAGACCUCUGCAUGCACAUAACAUCGGACAGCUACAUCCCAUGCUUGACAGACCUCUGCAAGGCACUCUGGGAAGUCAUGUUGAGCUACUUUUGUACAAUGCAGUGGCAUGAGAAAAAUGAUCAUGAGGAACCUCAGGCAGCUUCAGAUAGCACCCCUGGAAAUGAAGAAAAUAACUUUGAUCGGAGCUAUAUUAAGAAGAAGCUGGAACACGGAUUAACACGCAUCUGGCAGGAUGUUCAGCUAAAAGUGAAAACGUACCUACUUGGAACCGAUAUGUCCAACUUCAAAUAUGACGACUUCAUUAUGGUCCUGGAUAUAAUUAGCAGGCUAAUGCAAGUGGGAGAGGAGUUCUGUGGCAGCAAGUCAGAAGUCUUACAGGAAUCCAUAAGGAAACAAAGUGUCAACUAUUUUAAAAAUUAUCACAGAACGCGGCUUGAAGAGCUUCGAAUGUUCCUCGAAAAUGAAACAUGGGAGCUGUGCCCGGUCAAGUCCAGUUUCAGCAUAUUACAGUUACAUGAAUUUAAGUGUUUAACUCAGUCUCGUUCCCCAUCGAUGUCACCAAGCAAACAAGCGUCUGCAACUGACUCUGCUACAUUGUCCUUGUUUGAUCAGUAUAUCAGUGAAGGCAAUCCUUUCGAGAUACAAGCUUCUAUGAAGGAUGAUGAAACAGAGGAUGUGCUGGCAGCCAAUGGGUAUGAAUCUGAUGAGCUGGAAAAAAGUGCGUAUCAGGAGUACGACAGUGACAGCGAUGUACCAGAAGAGCUGAAGCGGGAUUAUGUGGAUGAGCAGACCGGAGAUGCGCCAUCGAAGAGUGUUUCGAGAGAGACUCUGCGCAGCAGGAAGCGAUCAGAUUACAGCCUGAACAAGAUGAAUGCGCCCAUCCUUACCAAUACAACGCUCAACGUAAUAAGGCUUGUUGGAAAGUAUAUGCAGAUGAUGACUAUACUGAAACCCAUCGCUUUUGAUGUGAUUCACUGCAUGUCGCAGCUGUUUGAUUACUAUUUGUACGCCGUCUAUACGUUUUUUGGAAGAAAUGAUGCAUUUGAAUCCACUGGGCUCGGUCUAAGCAGCAGUCGGCUCAGAACAACAUUAAGCAGAAUCCAGGAAAGUCUCAUUGAUUUGGAAGUGUCUGCUGAAAAUGCUGGAUCCUUGGCACCGUCUGAGGAAAGAAAGGAGAAAGUACCGAGUCCACAUCUUAGCCAUCUGGUGGUUCUGACAUCUAGCAAUACCCUGUAUGGGCUCUCCCAGAGAGUGGUGGCCACAGAGUCCCUGGUCUUUCUGGCUGAGCAGUUUGAAUCUCUGCAGACGCAUCUGGACUCUGUGAUGCCGUCAGCUAAAAAGCCUUUUCUGCAGCAGUUCUAUUCUCAGACCGUGUCCACCGCCAGCGAGCUCCGCAAGCCAAUUUACUGGAUCGUAGCAGCGAAGGCUAUCGAUUAUGAGCAAUUACUUGUGCUUAUGGCGAACGUGAAGUGGGACGUAAAGGAAAUCAUGUCACAGCACAAUGUGUAUGUUGAUGCUUUAUUGAAGGAAUUUGAGCUGUUUAAUAAGAAAUUGUCUGAACUGUCAAAGCACGUCCGUAUACCUCUGCCCGUGUCCAAUAUUCUCUGGGAACACUGCAUACGACUCGCCAACAGGACACUUGUGGAGGGAUAUGCCAAUGUGAAGAAGUGCAGCAAUGAAGGGCGAGCUCUGAUGCAGCUGGACUACCAGCAGUUCCUGAUGAAGCUGGAGAAGCUGACAGACAUCCGGCCCAUUCCCGAUAAGGAGUUUGUGGAGACUUACAUCAAGGCCUAUUACCUGACGGAGAAUGACAUGGAACGGUGGAUCAAGGAGCACCGGGAAUACUCCAUGAAGCAGCUAACCAACUUGGUGAACGUUUGUCUCGGUUCCCACAUCAAUAAAAAGGCCAGACAGAAGCUCCUGUCGGCUAUUGAUGACAUGGACCGACCGAAAAGAUAAUCCACUGGGGGGUUGCCCCCUGACUGGUCUGAUGUUACAGCGUUUCCGAGCCAUCAUAGCCCUAGCUUAUUUAAAAGGCCAG